AUGACACAAACAGUUUUUAAAGUUACAAUGACAGAAAUAAUGGAAAGUAGUCAAAUAUUUUUCGCAAUUUUAAAAGGUAAAUUUCAAAGUGAAUUUAAAGAAGAAGACUUUUCAACAAAUCCAAUGAAAUAUAUUGGCGAUGAUUAUACAAUAGAAAAUGAAGAAGAAGAAUCAGUCCCUCAAGAGAAAUAUCAAGAGCUUGUUUCAAGCUCUGAUUAUAUUUGGAUAAAAUGUACAAAAUUUAACCCACAAAAUAAAGAUAUUGAAUUGGAUGUAAUUGGAUUUAGAAGAAAAUAA